AUGGCUAACGUUCCCGAGACACCACUCCCGACUCUUGAGCGGCUGGGCGUAUCCUCACUUCCUGCUAAUCUAGACGCGAAGAAGGUUGCUCAAGACUGGCUUUCUUCCUUCUUGCAAGCAGCUAUCGCAGGCAAUGUCGACGCCGUUGUUUCUCUUCUGCUUCCCGAUGCUUUUUGGCGCGAUAUGCUGGCGCUGACUUGGGAUAUGCGAACUUUCUCUGGAAAGGAGAGGAUCGCCCAAUUUCUCAAGGACCGUCUAAGCCUUUCCAAGAUCCACGACAUUAAACUUCGAGAGCAAUUUGUGGCUUUACAGCAACCCUACCCGGAUUUAGCUUGGAUCAGUCUCAUGUUCGAUUUCGCUACUGACGUCGGCCAAGCCUCAGGUAUUGCACGCCUAGUUCCUUCAGCAGCCGGAGAAUGGAAGGCGCACGUUGUGUUUACCAACCUCGAAAGCUUGACUGAUUUCCCUGAGAAGACUGGACCGCUGAGGAACAUGGAGCCCAACCAUGGAAAGUGGCAAGCUCAGCGCCAACGCGAAAUUGAUUUCACAGACCAGGACCCGGUUGUGUUGGUCAUUGGCGGUGGACAAAGUGGGCUCGAAAUUGCUGCUAGACUUAAAUAUCUGGAUAUUCCUUCGUUGGUCGUCGAAAGGAACCCUAGGAUAGGUGAUAAUUGGAGGAACAGAUAUGAAGCACUUUGCUUACAUGAUCCUAUCUGGUACGAUCAUAUGCCAUAUAUCCCAUUCCCAUCGACGUGGCCUGUGUAUACGCCAGCACAGAAGCUGGCAAAUUGGCUCGAGUCUUACGCAGAGUCCCUGGAAUUAAACGUUUGGACUUCGUCUACAAUUUCUGAUGUGCGGCAAGAUCCUGCGACACUGAAAUGGCACGUCAGCGUCAAGCGCGGUGAUGGAACCGACAGGAAAUUUGAGGUGAACCACGUCGUGUUCAGUACGGGUCUUGGUAGUGGUGUGGGCAAUAUUCCCAAAUACCCUGACAUGGAUAAAUUUAAAGGCCAGAUCCUUCAUUCAAGCCAGCAUAAGCGCGCGUUGGAUCACAAAGGGAAGAAAGUCGUGGUGGUGGGCGCUUGCACUUCAGCCCAUGACAUAUCUCAAGAUUACCAACAGCAUGGCGUUGACGUCACCAUGUUCCAACGCGGUUCGACUUACAUCAUGUCAACUAAAAACGGCUGGGAGGUCAUUAUGAAAGGGGGUUACUGGGAGGGGGGACCUCCUGCUGACAUUGUUGAUCGCGUCAAUGCAUCUUUCCCCCAUCAUAUGUCCACAGUCUUGAAUCAAAGGCAAACAAAACGUAUCGCUGAACUUGAUAAGGAUCUACUAGACUCUCUCCACAAAGUUGGCUUCCGUACCAAUUUAGGAAUAAAAGACACUGGGUUUGGCCUUCUGGCAUGGAGCAAAGCCGGCGGAUAUUAUCUCGAUACUGGGGCCAGCAAGCUUAUUGCAGAAGGUAAAAUCAAGUUGAAGACAGAUAGCACGAUCUCGAGCUUUACCGAAACAAGUAUUAAAUUCGAAAACGGCUCUGAGCUCCCUGCUGACGUUGUUGUAUUCUCCACUGGAGUUGGGACUCCCAUCGACCAUAUCCGUCAAGUAUGUGGCGAAGAAGUUGCCAACAAGUGUAGACCUAUCUGGGGUCUCAACGACGAAGGAGAAAUAAACGGUGCUUGGAGAAAUCUGGGUGUCGUAAAUUUAUGGUACAUGAUGGAAAUCAAAGCCAUUGAAGAAGGGCUUCUUACAUCUCGCUAUGAGCUUCAGACAACCAAGGUCUAA